AUGCAAGAACUUGUCAUCUACGGCAAGCCUACCUAUUCUGGCUUUGUGAGAGAAGCUGAGAUUCCAAAGCCAGGACCAAAGGAUGUUCUCAUCAAAGUUGCUUACACCGGUCUGAAUCCAAAAGAUUGGAAGUUUACCAAAAAUCGUGAUCAAUCAACUGCCUUCAACGUCGGUGAUGAUGUGUCUGGCACAGUCGAAGCUGUGGGCUCUGAAGUGUUCGAAUACAAGCCGGGCGACCGUGUUGAGGGAUUUCACAGAAUGUUCCAGCCUCACGGCACUUAUGCAGAGUAUACAGUUGUCCCGGCCUCGACCACUUUCUCCCUGCCCCCUAAUAUUUCCCUCGAAUCAGGCGCCGGGCUUCCCCUAUCUUUCAUGACGGCAGCCCUUGCUCUGUAUCAGUAUCUGGGCGUUCCCCUCCCAACAACCGUCAAUGAGUCUGCUCAAAAGACACCCAUCCUGAUUUGGGGCGGAGCAACAGCCGUGGGCGCCUACGCUCUCCAGCUGGCCAAGCUAAGCAAGAUUGGACCCAUCAUCACCGUUGCUGGCAAUGGAAUCGACUACGUUCAGUCGCUCAACGCAGCGGACCACAUCAUCGACUAUCGAAAGGGGGAUGUGACUGAGCAAAUCCUUGCCGCCGCCGGGUCUGCUAAAAUCAGGAUUGCGUUCGACGCUGUGUCCGGACACGGCAGCUACGAGCGUAUCACCGAAGUCCUUCUCGCGUCGGGCGGUGGCCACAUCAACAUGGUGGACCCCCCUACUGACCAGACCUGGAAGUUUCCCGAGACCAUCAAGUUUACUCGCACAUUCGUCUCCUCUGCCUAUCACGUCUCCCACAGUUUCAUCAAUGAGGAACAAGCGUAUGCGGAUGGCGAAUUUGCCUACUUCUUCUACAGAUACCUGAGUCAUCUGCUGGCAGAAGGCAAAUUCAGGCCCCAUCCUGUGGAGAUUCUUCCAGAUGGCUUGAACAGCAUUGUCGAGGGAGUUCAGGCUUUGUACGAUGGAAAGGUUAGCGCCAAGAAGCUUGUGGCACGCACUUUGCCGAUUAUCAACCAAGAAUUAUGGUGUUUUUGGAUCAAGCUUUUGUACCAUCUUGAUUUGGAUGAUCUUGAUAUUGAGCAGAUCGACAGAGAUGUCAUCAUUGACUUGGCCGACGGCUACAGCAAAAUGACCAUCAUCCCAUUGACAUGUUCAGUAAAAAAACAGCACACAACUCCUAUUGGUGCCCUCUUGAAUCCUGCCCGAAACGCACCAAUAAAACUCCAGGCAUAUGCGUUGUUUAUUGCACUUCUACAUAAUGCUCCAUUCUGUGGCCUCAUCUUACUAGAGUUGAAACCGGUCUACUGCCCAUCCACCACGCAUAUCGGACUAGGUGGCGAAAAAGGAUCAAUAUUAGUUAUGGCAAACAAUCAGAAUCUAUUCUUUUAUGCGCCAACGUGGGAUUAUCCUCCAAACGGACCCAUCAAACUCGGCAAUGUCAUCACCUCUGUGAAGAAACCCGAGCGGCCGCUUCAUUGGGUUCCGCCUUCGGACUCAGACAUCUUUUCGACGAAGAAAAUGAGUGUCGAGCACACUAAGGAUCAGCUACAGGGCGAGAGAUUCUCUAUUCUAGUGAGAUUCUUCAGCAUAUUCGGUCUAAAUGUCCGAAUUGACAGUGCCAUACCUCAUGUUGGACCAAUUAGCUUUGGAGGAUCCGAAGCUGGGAACAUGGCUUCUAACAAAGCUGUUACAGCAUUCAAGAAUGGUGAUGACUUCGUAUUUGCGUUCCGCGUAAGUAAAGUCCUUGUGGGCAAAGGAACGGAUCAUGUUGUGAGCGAGGAAGAUUAUCGUAGGGGAGCCAUGCUCGGUAAUGAGAAAGAGCAGCAACGAAUCAAGAGUCUAUCGCAUUUAGUUCUCAAGGUUGAAUACCCAGAUGCAGAGGACGAAGGCUAUGAUGCGGAAGAGUUGACUGAAGGAGAAGAUGUGGUGUUUUGCGCAAUUCCGAGAGAAACUAAUGGCAUAUGA